AUGGCUGGAGCUGCAAAUUCAGAGAAACCAGUGUUGAGUCUGAGACUUCUUGUCGACAAGAAGAAGAACAAGGUUGUCUUGGCUGAGGCUGGUAAGGAAUUUGUAGAUGCACUCUUCAGCUUUCUGACACUACCUAUGGGUACUGUUGUCAGAUUGAUUGAGAAAUAUCAGAAGAAUCAUAUAUUUGCUCAAGCCACUAUGAUAGGCUGUUUCAACAAUCUCUACAAAAGUGUUCUUGAUAUAGACACCGCUAAUUUCAUGACGGAAGCUUGCAAGGAUCUGCUUUUGUAUCCGAGAAGCGUGAUGGAGAAUCAACGCAAACGGCUUAACCUUAACAUUGAUGAUAUUGAGAUUCUUAAGCACUAUAUCUGCCCAAAAAGAAGGGUUUCUUGCGAUUUCUAUAGUAACUUUUCUUCCUCAAGAUGUUGUAACUGUGGAGAACUGAUGACGAAGCAUAUUCAUUCACAUAGCGGCGGUGUAUACGAGGAAAUAUUUGUCAGCCACAAGCCCUUGUUCACCAUUACUGACAAUCUGAUAGUGGGAUUUACUUCUAUAAGUCAUACCCUGAAAACACUCAAAGUGUCAGGCUAUUCUGAUGUUGAUCAGCUGCAUGAGAUGCAUGUAGAAGUUGAUCACGAAAAGGUACUAGCUCUACUGCAGAAAUUAUUCUCUUCAGAUACUCCCUUGACUGACGUGUUCUUAAAGAAACAGAGAUCAUGUGUCAUUUCAAAGGUGCUUAACAUGCAAAGUCUAGCUGUGUCAGAAAAAUCUGGAGGCGCAGUUCAGUCAAACAAAGUAAUGUCUGUCAGUGUGUUCACCAGUAAACUGGACAAGAAGGUUCUCUAUAUUGAAAGUGAAAAAGACUUUGUUGAUCUUCUUUUUACUUUCCUGGUUCUUCCUCUGAAUUCUGCAUGGAAAUUAGCUGGAAGCCAUCUCGUGCUAGGAUGCAUCAAUAACUUGUGUGAAAGCUUCAAGAGCUUGAGCUCUAUUGAAGGGAGUAAUGUAUUGAACAACAAAUGUAUGCUUCCUUGGCAUUAUAGUUGCCAGCAACCUCUGCUCGAUGUUUGUUAUGCGGAACAUCAUAAUGUGACUGGUUGUUGGCCUAGUUAUACGACUGACGUCUUUAAACCGAUUGACCCGAGAUGUGAUAUAAGUGCUGACACAUGGAGCUAUUGUCUUAGUUUGUCUUAA